UGAUAUGUAAAUAGUAAACAUAACCAGAACAAUCUGCUCCCAGAAUUUUUAAUAGUAAUAACUUGGUCACUAUUUUGAUUUUGUAAUAAAAAUUAACUAGGUACUGAGCUCAAAAACAAAUAUAAAUCGCAUUUUAAAACGUAACCAUACUGUUCCAUUUAAAAAUGAUUUUGCCAAUUCAGCAAAAUUUGAAAUAGUGAUGAUAUUCAAUAUGCGAACUGGUGUCAAAGUUUACUGGUGUGCUCGUGGAUUUGAAAAAUUUCAUUAUAAAAUUCAAAAAACUUUAUCAGUAGUGUUUGAUAUGUAAUCACAAUAAAUGUUCAAACUCAGUUAUCAAAUCAAAAAACGCUUAAAUCGAUAUGAAUCCCAAAUAUUCAAGAACUUUAUUUUUUUUAAUAUUCGUCAUUAUUUUAUACAAAGCCUUUAAAUUUUUUAUAUUUCCUGUAAGGCCUACCAUAAAACAAAUCAUUAUUGAAGACGAGUCUGGACAGAGGACUGAAAAAGUUAAGGUAUCUGUACAUUACGAAGCCUUAUGUCCAGACUCGAAAUUUUUCAUAACUCACCAAUUAGUUCCGGUUUAUAAUGAACUGAAGCAAUUUUUAUUAUUGGAUCUGAUUCCGUAUGGAAAGGCUGAGACUAUAAUUGAUGAAAACGGAAAAAUUGACUUUCAUUGCCAACAUGAUCAGGUUGAAUGUUUCGCCAAUAAAAUCCAUGCUUGUGUGAUUGAUAAGAUAACCGAUCCUGAAAUUCAGGUGAAAUUUGUGGCAUGUAUGAUCACUGAUAACUUAUUGCCUGAAGAUGCUGGCGAAAGGUGUGGUCGUGAGCUAAAUUUAGAUUUUUCCCCUAUUAAUAAAUGUGCAAUUGAACAAGAAGGCUCGCUUUUGCUAAAGAAACAUGGUGAAAGGACCAACUCCCUACAUCCAAAAGUAAAAUUUAUACCUACAAUUGAAUUGAAUAAUAAUCAGAGUUUUGAAACUCAGGCAGUCAUCUUAAAAAAUCUUUUGAUUGCUGUGUGUCGAGUAUAUCAACAUAAACCCCCUAUGUGCAGUAAAGCGUAGGUUUUCAUAUUAUAAAUUAUUUUAAUGAAAUCCCGUAGAUAAAUUGUGUGAAUUAAAAUAUAUGUAAUUUUUCAAAUUAGAUAAUUUCAUCACUUAAUUAAACAAAUUAAUAUACCUACAUACAUAUUUAUACUUUGAUAGUCGCAAAAUAGUAUAAAAUAAUGAAUACUUAUCAAAAUUAACUAGUUAUAGCAAUUUUUGACAAACAACUUUAAUGUGUCCCCAACAAUGUAAGAUCAUGACAAUUUUGUAAAAAAUAUUUUAAUUUAAUACCCAACUUAGAAUUUUUGUUGAUAAUGUUAUAAAAUAAAAAAAUAUUGUGUAUUAUA